CAGGCUCUGCGCUCUGGGGCACUGCAGCACAAAUGGCAGCUACCAAAGAUGGUUGGUCUCCCACGCUCUUCAUCGGCGUGGGCUGGGGACGACGUCUGGAUCCCUCUUUUGGGCAGCCGUCCUCCCGAACCACUCUUCCGCUCCGAAGCGAGAAUUGGCGAGCCAAUCAGAGAGCUUGUUUCAACCCAAGUUGCCAUGAUUGCGGGCGCCAGACAUGUGAGCUUAGAGGCUGUAUCAAACGAUAAGUAGGGGCCGAGUAGUAGCUCCGAGUCGCCCGGCUCAUUCUCUCCCCCUCCCUAUACCUCCUCCGCCAGCACCGGUGCGGCGAGACUGUGACAUACACGAUGCACGUCGCCUCCGUCCUCCCGCCCGAGCUCUUCGACGAGUCGAUCGACCACCUCUGGGACGACCCCAAGUCGCUCGCGGCGUGUGCGCUCACAUGCCGCGACUGGAUCGGGACGAGCCGCCUGCACCUCUUCCGCACCGUGCGCAUCCAGAACGCCAGCCAGUGCGCCCGCUUCGAGGCGCUCCUGCAGAGCACGCCCGCCAUCGCGCGCUGCGUGCGCAGGUUCACCGUCAGCGCGGAGUACAAGGGCGUCGAUGAGGCGGGCAGGUCGGUCGAGGACGAUGCGUGGGUCAACGCCGUAGGCGGGUUCGUGCACCGACUGGAGCGGGUCACGACCAUCGGGCUGUCGCGCGUGCGGUGGCAUGCGCUCCUGCCGGAGACGCAGGCGGCGUUCGUGGACCGCUUCGCGCAUGUGCGGACGCUCUUCCUGUUCGAGGUGCGCUUCGAGGCGUCGCGCGACGUGCUGGACUUCCUGGGUGCCUUCCCCGCGCUGAACGAGCUCUAUUUCCAUGGCGUCGCGUGGAACAAGGAGAGCCCUGCGCCGCUGGGUGCGCCCGCGGACGAGACGGCCAUUCAGGCGAUCCGGCAGGCGAAGGAGUGCAUGCACCUAUCGUACCUCUUCCUGGACUCACGCUCGUCGCCGACGCUCGUCACGGAAUGGCUGCUGAGUCACCCGUCGGAGCAGCACCUGCGCACGAUCCAGCUGUGCUGGAGGGAGAUCGAGAACAUGAAAGUGGUCGGCGACCUGUUGCAUGCGAGCGGGGCGUCGCUCGAGCGGCUGCUGGUGGAAUUCCCGUCCGGUGUGCCUGAGGAAGCCGUCCUGGACAACCAGAUUAGCCUGGUUCACAACACCGGCCUGCGCUCCGUGCGUUUCGGGGGGCUCGACGCGAAGGCCGCUGCGUCGCAAGGCUUCAUGUCCAACCAACUCUUCCCGUGGGUGACCGCCAUGAUCUCGCAGAUCAGCUCGCCGCAGCUGGAGGAGAUUUCAUUCGAGUUUGAAAUUACCUCCGUGGCCGACCUGCUCAGCCUUGACUGGUCGCGCAUCGACCAUGAUCUGUCGCGAGAAGAGUACAAGGGCCUCUUGGUGUACUUCUUCGUCGUCUGUCAGGACAUGACGCCCAAGGUCGAGAAGGAGAUCCGCAACCUCAUCGCGGAUCGGCUACAUGGCCUGUGCGAGCGCGGGACGCUGUGCGUCUCGUGCGUCUAGAUCCUCCAGGAAUCGGAUGGCGACGCCUGUAUUAUUGUGCCGGGUGGACGGGUCCGCCUGGCGUGCUUAUUUGCUUGCUCUUGGGUUUGUUGCUUUAUAUUAAUAGGGCUGACUCACUGGAUCUCCUCGGGCUUGUGCUAGGGUAAUAUUUUGUAGACUAUUCCUGGCUGGGAUCUACCUGGGACUUACGCAGGGUAAUUGUUGUCACUGGUAGAUGUGUAACUAACUUUCCUCUACUCCUUGGGUUUUGUGGUAUGCUGCGUGUAUGUGCUAUACCUCAUGCAUGUGCGUGUUUGUGAGCGA